UUUCUACUUUUACCCUUUCGUUCCUUUUUCUUUCAUUUGUUUUCCCUUUCCAUUCGUCGAGUUAAACCCUAAAUCUGAAAAUUUUGUGAAAAAAAAUAAUAAUAAUUCCUUCUCUUUCUUCGGCGAGCUCUCCGAUCUGCGUGGUCAAAUCCACUCGAAGUCUUCGAGCCGCCGAUGAUUGGUUGAAUUGCGCUUCGAAAUUACGACAUUUUGAGAUUGAUGAUUUGAUGUUUGAUUUUGGGUUAGUGUAAUUGAUGUUGUUUGAGUUUGAUUGCAGAGGGAGCAAUUGCGAGACAGUUAUCUUAGUUUUUUUGCCGAUUGAUAGUGUUGGUUGAAAGGUGUUUAAUUAAGAACUGCCCAACAUGAAGAACGCCGAGCGCAUUGCGAAUUUUGCUCUAGCGGGAUUGACAUUAGCUCCACUUGUUAUGAAGGUUGAUCCCAAUGUGAACGUUGUGCUGACUGCUUGUCUAACUGUCUAUGUGGGCUGUUAUCGGUCUGUGAAACCCACUCCACCUUCAGAGACAAUGUCCAGUGAACACGCCAUGCGUUUUCCCUUUGUUGGGAGUGCAAUGCUUUUAUCUCUUUUCUUGCUUUUCAAGUUUCUAUCGAAGGACUUGGUUAAUGCAGUCUUGACAUGCUACUUUUUUGUGCUUGGGAUCCUUGCUCUUUCAGCGACUCUGUUGCCUGCUAUUAAGCGAUAUCUGCCAGACCAUUGGAAUGAAGAUGCUAUUUCGUGGCGUUUUCCAUAUUUCCGGUCUUUGGAGAUCGAGUUCACCAGGUCCCAGGUUGUUGCAGCAAUUCCCGGAACCUUCUUUUGUGCAUGGUAUGCUCUUAAGAAACACUGGCUGGCUAACAAUAUCUUGGGCCUUGCCUUUUGUAUCCAGGGAAUUGAAAUGCUCUCUCUUGGUUCUUUUAAGACUGGUGCCAUACUUUUGGCUGGACUGUUUGUAUACGAUAUCUUCUGGGUUUUCUUUACUCCCGUGAUGGUUAGUGUUGCAAAAUCGUUUGAUGCACCCAUAAAGCUUUUGUUCCCCACCGCAGAUGCUGCCAGACCAUUUUCCAUGCUUGGACUAGGUGACAUUGUCAUUCCUGGCAUCUUUGUUGCACUGGCUCUUCGAUUUGAUGCAUCCAGGGGAAAAGAUGGUCAAUAUUUUAAGAGUGCUUUUUUGGGAUACUCAGUUGGUUUGGUCCUUACCAUAAUAGUUAUGAAUUGGUUUCAAGCUGCUCAGCCUGCACUUCUGUAUAUUGUGCCUGCUGUCAUUGGAUUUUUGGCUGCUCAUGUGAUAUGGAAUGGAGAUGUGAAACCGUUGUUAGAGUUUGACGAAUCGAAGACGGGUAUUGCAUCUGAAGAUGGGGGUGAAGAUGAUAAAGGAAGCAAGAAGGAAUGAAUAUGGAAAAAGAUGGAUGGGGUUGUGGGGAGGCCUAAUUUUCCAGGUGUAAUGAGGCCAAGCAAAUGUGCGUAGUUUGUAUGAGAGAUAUCAAAUCAUCAUCAUUCAUCUCAUCCCCAAUUCCCAUCCUCUUUUAAGUUAAAAGGAAAAAAAAAGGGCUAAUUUAUGUGCAAAAACUUUGCCUACAGUUGUAUCCAAACAAACAAACAGAUUUUGAAAUGAGGUAGCACCAAGUCAAGUCCUGUUCUGUCCUCUUUUUAGCUCUCUUAGUUUUCACCUCAUCAGAAGCUUUUAUUUCAACUUUUCCCCAUUUGCUUGGGGUUUUUAUAGCAAAUUUAAAUAUUUUAUAAAGGGCCCCCAUCGUCUUUCCUUUUUCA